AUGGUGACAUAUUAUGUGUCAACGGCACUCUUCGCUCUUUUUGGACUCAAAAUGCUCCAUGAAGGUUACCAUAUGUCAGCUAGCGAGGGACAGGAAGAAUUCGAAGAAGCUCAAGCAGAGGUGGCUAAACGAGAGAUGGAUUUGGAUGCUGGAAAGUUCGUCGAUAUGGAAGCAGGAAAUGCUGGGCAGGGCAGUAGCUCUUCAUCUGCGUGGCUUAUUUUCUCAUUCGCUUCCCGUAUUUUCAUUGAAGCAUUCAUGAUGACCUUCGUAGCAGAAUGGGGAGACCGUUCUCAGUUAACGACUAUUAUUCUUAGCUGCCCGGGAAAACAUAGGUAUACGGGUGUUAUCAGCGGAGGUAUACUUGGUCAUGCAAUUUGCACGGGAAUAGCUGUAGUCGGAGGAAAGCUAGUAGCGCAACGAAUUUCCGUACGAACAGUCACGCUCGUCGGAGGUGUUGUCUUUUUGAUAUUUGCUCUCUCAUCACUCUUCAUCAAUGAUGCUGAAGAGCCAUCAAUAUCAUUACGGGUCGAAUAG